GUAAAAACUUCUUAAUCUGUCAUUUAAUAAAAAGAGUGACUGUUUAAUACACCAAUCAGCACAACCAACCUAAAAAACAAAUCGCUGGCGCAGAGAUGGCCAAAAAUAAUCCGCCUCUCGUCGGGUGGAACUAAAGACACAGUCAAGAUUUGAGGUCGGACGGGUUUCACAAACGUACUCGUGCCUGAGGUUUACGCACGGAGGUAUUAACAGGGCCACACCAGUUAGGAAAAUGGAUUGGACAAGUAAAUUAGGCCGUUAAAAAAAGACUACAUGUCUAAAUAUGUUUUUAACCCCCCAUACUUCCAGCACGUGGAAGCUCCCGCCCUCCCUGCGGCGGUUCCGGUGGUCGGUUAACUGUCACUCCGGUCACGCGCUGGUUUCACAGCGGAACGGAGCAGCUCGUGACCAGGAAACAAAAAGAAAAGAAAAAUCUUCAUGUCAGGCAAUACUGAACCGCUUUGACGAGCAGUACAGUCAGGAGCUUGGAGACCUGUGGGCAUCUGUGAGAGCCGUGCUCCUGGACCCUCACUCUUGGCAGUAUGGGGUCAUGCUCAACCGCUUCAGCACUGUGACCGGCAUUUCACAGAUCCUCCAAUCACAGGGCUUUUCCACCAUGCUUCCGCAAACCCGUGUCCUCACGGCGCUUGGUAGCGACCCCUCAACGGUGUCACAUUCCAAAUACCGAGCGGGAAAAGACUCUGACUACAUCUCCAAGUGCCCUCCUAACGGCUCCCAUAUCCAACCCGGCAUCAAGUCUCCCGCGCUCGAUGAGGACCUUGAAUCCGAGCCCUCGCCCGGUUUGUCCCGUCCCUCACUACAGUGUUACAUCCAUCCAUGUCCACUGCGGUUUCCCUCUCAGGCUCACAGGCCUGGCCAGCUGAAGCAGUACUUCCUCCUGAAUGCCGCAUCCUUGCUUCCAGUGCUGGCUUUGAAAGUCCAAGAUGGGGAGAAGGUGUUGGAUCUUUGCUCUGCCCCUGGGGGCAAAGCCUUAGCCAUAAUGCAAUGUGCCACUCCAGCUCUUCUCUGCUGCAAUGAACCGGAUCCUCAGAGGCGGGACUGGCUGGCCAAAACCCUGGAGUCUUUCUUGUCGCAGUCGCUCACCAGCAGAGUGAUCGUGUCUGCACAGGACGGACGAUCUUUCGGGAAAAGUGAGGCGGGAACAUAUGACAAGGUUUUGGUCGAUUCUCCGUGUUCCAACGACAGGAGCUGGUUGUAUUGUGGCAGCGAGCAGGGGGAACAGAGGCUGAAGGAGAGAGCCAGGCUGCCUGCGCUCCAGGCUCAACUGCUUAGGUCUGCGCUGUCAGCCGUGCGUCCAGGGGGUGUUGUGGUCUAUUCAACCUGCACUCUGUCCAGCUUUGAGAACUUUGCCGUGGUCCAGACAGUGCUGAAUGACUGUCCUGAGGCGGAACCCGAAGACCUGUGGGAGGAGAUUGGCAUUCCUUUAUCAAAAUACUUUACAUUUAGGACUACUCACCAUGGGCGUGGUCAGACACUUCACAAUCCAUCCCAGCAUCCACACAACGCUCCCUUGUCCUCUUAUCGCCACCGACUCGGCCUUUUAGUGGUUCCUCAGCCGGGCAAGACCUGGGGACCCAUGUUUUUGUCCCGGAUUAGAAGAAGGAAAUAGUGUGCAUCCUCUUGUGCAUAAAAGACAUGUGGCUUCAAAUGGCUUAGCGGACACAUUUCCUUCCUGCAACCGCUGCAACCUGUGGGUUAGAAUUACCGCCUGGAACUCAAUCACUUAAACUGACAAACACGCUGAUUUGAUUUUGUGUUCCUAAACAAAACAAUCAGUAAUUUCAGGGUUAAUGGUUUUCUUGUAGAUGUUGCAGUCCGCCCUCUUCUUAUUUAUUAUUGCUAUUUAUUGUUCAGAUUGAUUUUUGAAGGCUUCUAUGGAAACAACUGACUACGCAUGUAGAAUUAGAUGAAAUCGACCAAACAUGCUUUUUGAAGUGGUUCACAUUAAUAACUGUUUCCACGUUGUGUGAUAAAAUUGAUCUAAGUCAAUGUUAAAAAUGAAUCCACAGUGGAGGAUUGUAUUAGGAGUGAGUGUCAGCAUUUUUUCUAUUUGGAGAAAAAGAUCACAUUAAAUAACUUUGUACCACAGAACCUCACAUUGAGAAUCUCCAUCCUUUAGAGCCUUUAGUCACUAAAUGAAGUUGCAUCUUGAGUCAGCAUCAAACAUUUUUAAAGUUUCUCUCUAAACACCUAUGAUUAAUAAUUAUUAACUUGUGUUUGUUUUUAUACAUCCAUGUGCCAUAGCACUAAGCCAAAUGUCAACACAUUGACAUAAUGCUUAAAAAGCCCAAAGCUAUAAGCUCCCCGUUGGGAAGAUGACUUUAA